AUGUCGGACGAAGAAGAUAUUAACAUUGCGAGUUCACUUGCAGCAUUAUCGGAUGAAGAAUUGAGUAGCGACGACUCAGAAACUGGAGGGUAUCAGGAUGAGAUUCUCUCGCUGGAUGAGGAAUCUCCACCAAAGAAAAAGGUUAAAAAGAAUAACCAAAAGGCAGGAGCUGUAUCUAAGGGAUCUGAUGAUGAGAAUUCAGUGGAGGAGGAUGACAAAAUCUUGGCGUCUUUUUUCACUUCCAAUAACCCCACGGCAAAGAAAGCAAAAGCUGGCUCAUUUGCAUCGUUUGGAUUUUCAAAAUUUUUACUUUCCAAUAUUUCAAAAAAGGGUUAUAAGCAACCAACACCCAUUCAACGAAAAUCCAUCCCUUUAAUUAUAGAUAACAGAGACGUUGUUGGAAUGGCAAGAACAGGAUCGGGGAAAACAGCCGCAUUUGUUUUGCCUCUUAUCGAAAAAUUGAAACUGAGGAGACCGACGGGUGUGAGAGCUGUCAUUUUGUCACCUUCGAGAGAAUUGGCAUUGCAAACGUAUAAACAGGUGAAGGAGUUUAGUCGCGGAACUGACUUGCAAUCGAUAGUUUUGAUAGGUGGGGAUUCAUUGGAGGAAGAUUUUGGUAAAAUGGUUACAAAACCAGACAUCAUAGUUUGUACUCCUGGUAGGUUUUUGCACUUGAAGGUUGAGAUGCAAUACGACUUGUCGACUGUUGAAUACAUAGUAUUCGACGAAGCGGACAGAUUAUUUGAGAUGGGUUUUGCGGAGCAAUUGAACGAGCUCUUGUUAGCGUUACCCUCCAAUAGGCAAUCAUUGCUUUUCUCCGCCACGUUACCCAGAACGUUGGUGGAUUUUGCAAAAGCUGGCUUAACCAAUCCGGUCUUGGUUCGUUUGGAUGCGGAAUCAAAGAUUUCAGAGAAUUUACAGAUGGCUUAUUUUACCACUAAAAUAAAUGAAAGAGAGGCAAACCUUUUGUACAUUUUACAAGAGGUGAUAAAGAUGCCAUUGGGGGCACCAGAGGAGAUCAAAAAGCUUGUAGCAAUGGACAAACGCGAGGCAGAGUAUAAUGAUGACGAUGACGAUGCUGAUGUUGAUGCUGGAAAGAAGAAGAAAUAUAAAUUUAAAAAGGAAAGAAUGCCUUCAGCAAACCAACUACCUUCUGAAAAGUCUACCAUUGUGUUCGUACCAACGAAGCAUCACGUCGAAUAUAUUACCAAGCUUUUGAGAGAUGCUGGAUAUUUGGUAUCAUACAUCUACGGUACUUUAGAUCAACAUGCAAGAAAAAAUCAAUUAUACCAGUUCAAAAUUGGUCUCACAAAGAUUCUAGUGGUUACCGAUGUGGCUGCGAGAGGUAUUGAUAUUCCUGUUUUGGCAAAUGUUGUCAACUUUACAUUACCUGGUUCAUCAAAGAUCUUCAUUCAUAGAGUGGGUAGAACAGCAAGAGCAGGAAACAAGGGUUGGGCUUAUUCGAUUGUUAACGAGAAGGAGUUGCCUUAUUUAUUAGACUUGGAACUUUUUUUGGGAAAAAAGGUAUUAUUAACAUCGAUGCACGAGGCGAAGUGUGAAAUGUUGCAAAAAACACAAGGCGACUCUUAUAUUCCACCACGUGUUAACUAUACGGAAAGACUUGUUGUUGGAUCAAUACCACGAGUUGAUUUGGAAACAUUCCAAGAAUUGUAUGAGAACUUGCUCAAAAACAAUUACGAAAUAAAAGUUUUAAAGGAUGUGGCAACCAAAGGUGAAAAGUUGUACCAUAGAACUAGACAAGCAGCAUCGCAGGAGUCAUUGAAAAGAAGCAAAGAGAUUUUGGAGACAAAUUCGUGGGAUGACCAGCACUUACUUUUUGGUGAAAAUUUAGAGAAAAAAAAGGAGGACUUUUUGGCAAAGUUGCAAAAUAGAAAUGUCAAAGAAACAGUCUUUGAGAUCAAAAAAAAGGGAGUAAAAGAAAAUGACAGUCUUGCUGAGUUUAUGCACAAAAGAAGACGACAAAUUGCUCCUAUUCAACGCAAAGCUCAAGAACGUCGUGAGUUGUUGCAAAAGGAGAGACUAGCUGGUUUAAGACAUGGUAUUGAGGAAGAGCUUCUCAAAACAGAAGACGAGAAUAGUGGGUAUGUUCAAGAAGUGGGUGAUGAGGAAUUACAAAAUACGUUUGAAGAUGGUGAACAGUUGUCGAAAAAGAAAUCGUCUCGUGACCCUCAACAUUUCAUCAGCCAUUACGCUCCGGCAUCAAUUAUACAAGAUCAGCAGCUUUCCAUUGCGUCUUCAUUUGCCAACGAUGCUCAAGCUGCUGCAUUUGAUUUGGGCAAUGAUGAUAAACUUCAAGUCAAUAAGCAAGUGAUGAAAUGGGACAAGAAGAAAGGAAAGUAUACCAACUCACAGUCGACUGACAAAAAGUAUAUAAUCAGUGAAAAUGGAACAAGGAUCCCUGCUUCUUUUAGAUCGGGUAAAUUUGACGAUUGGAAGAAACAACGAAACCUCAAACACACCACAUCGGUUGAUAAGGUGGAAGAAAACAGCCACAGAUACAAGCACAAAAAGCAGAGCACACCCAAAUUACCAGAUAAAUUCAGAGAUGAUUAUCACAAGCAAAAGAAAAAGGUUGAGAAGGCGCUUGAGUCUGGAAUGAGAGUAAAAGGAUAUAACAAACCAGGACAGCAACAAGAGUUGAAGUCAACGGAGCAAAUCAGAAAAGCUAGAGCGUUGAAAGAACAGAGAAGAGCAAAAAAUGCUCGUCCUGGUAGAAGAAAGUAG